AUGUUACCUUUUGGCCUUCGCCGCGGACGACUGGGUCGCAACCACAUACCUCUAGAAUCUCCAAACAACGUGACCAACAACUCCGACCCUGAAGAGGCCUCGGACGAAGAUCUACCAGAGCCAGAACCUGAGAUCUUCUACCCAAGUUUAUGGGACGUUCUCAAAGUCCGAUAUCUACUGCAAUGGAAGCUCGCAAACGGCCUCCCGGAGGAGUUAAUCGACAUGAUCGUCGACGCAGCCGAGUACUGGGCCUCGGUGGAGCACAAGAUGCAAGGGAAAAGGAUUAUCCAGAAAGACUGUGACCAAGUACUCUUAAAGACGGUACCGCUCUGCUAUGAUCGAAAUAGCCUAGAAAAAGACACACCAUCAAAACCCCUCCCCCACCGCGGCGCCCACCCCUGCCGCAAGAUAAUCUUCAAGCUCUCAUCACACGACCAAGGCCGUGGCCGACGCCACGAGAACAUGUACGAAUUCUCAUGGACAUGGUUCGACACGGAAGUCAUCCACGGCGCGCACGAGCGUAAGAUGUAUAUCAAUGGCGAAGAGCAAGAAAUCCUCGACAACGAGCGUGGGCAGGAGCGGAAACACUAUACGGAGGCUGAUGCGCUGCUUCUUCCACGCGGCAAUAAGCUGCAGGUUAAUGGUGCUCAUGUUGGGGAGAUGCAGCAUGUUGAGAUUGUUUGGGAUUAUCGGGAUGGGAUUCAGCCUGAGUCGGCAGAGGCUGAUGAGAUUGAGAUGAAUCUGGGACGGGGGAGGCUUACGCUUCAGGGACGUGGGUCAUAG